UACCCUGGUGCAGGAGAACAAGAGAAGAGGUAUGUUAAAGCAGACCUGGUUGAUCUUGUUCAAGCACAGUCCAGGAAGAUUAUAGUGAGGGAAGAGGACCUCAGCAAGUAUCUUCAGCAGUAUGAGACCAUUGCAGGCUAUCUCAACAGACAUUACAAGCUCACCCAAGAAGACUACAAUGGUUACUUCUGGGAGGGCUUGGACCCAGAACUUCAGAAAGACACACUCAAGAACUUGAAAUUUAGGAACAGUUUGUGUGAUUUGGACAACCCCUAG